ACACCCCACCCCGCCUCACCGCACCCAUUGUCGGACAAUGUGGAAAACAGUUGUGAGGAAGAAUCGGAAUCCCACGUUGCAAAACUGGUUAACGGCAAGGGCCCUCUGGAUAACUUUGUGCAGAAAAGUAAAAGAAAGGAGGCGAGUCCGUCUCGGCUCUUCAUAGACCUGACGGACGACCCUCCUCACAGACCGAAUGAUAACACGGGUGGCACCAAGCCCAACGUCAGAGUAGCAUCUUUGGGGGAAACCCCGAAGGAGAAAGGAGGCCAGGCUGGUUCCCCAAAUUCCUCUUGUGACACCCAGGGAGAUCCUUGUUUAGAAACUGGCUUAGACGUAACAGAUAAGGAACUUCCAAGUACGGGGUCCGCUGGGAACGAAACCAGUGUUUGCAAGGAGGACAAACCUCCGAAUGUCAUAUUUGAACGGAAAAUGCCGGUCGUGGUUCUGGAGGACAUCUUGGCCACCAGAUCUCCUCAAGCUGCAGCUUUGGAAAGGAGCGUGACGUCUGAAAACGAAACCAUGGAGUCUUGUCCGGAAGAGGAGGACACGCCGUCUACAAAUUCUUCCUCAAGUUCUCUCUCCCUCACCAGCUCUCCUGAGGCGACCAAGGAGCACGACGUCACUCCGAUAGCUGCUUCAACGCCGAUUUGGAAGGUUGGUAUCCGCUUCAGGAAAGCCACAUCCGG